UCUUUCAGUUCAGUAAACUCGUUGGUUGUAGAUAGUUUGUGAUUAAUCUAUAAGAAACAUCAAACAAGUGUUUCUCUCCAACUAUAGUACUAUAAUUUAUAAAUAGUGAGAGUCGCAUACAAGAAAGUGAAAGAAAGUGAUAUAAUUUACUCACAAUUAUUAUUUAAAUUUAAAAAAUUUUUUCAUUCAAGAUAUUAGAACUGUUCGAUAAUUAUUUCCAAUUCAAAUGUUGUCAAUUAAUAGAGUUAUUUUUUAUCAACGUUCCUUUUUUUCCAGUUCCCUUUUUUAAGGAUCUACAAAGGUGUGCGAUAGUUCUCUAUUUUUAAUAUUAGGCAGUGAUGGCAAAAUUAAAAGUAGCCAUAAUCGGACAAAGUAAUUUUGCAGCAGAAGUGUAUAAAUCAUUAAAACAAGAUGGACAUCUCAUUACUGGUGUCUUCACAAUUCCCGAUAAGGGAAAUCGAGAAGAUCCACUUGCCAUUACAGCAAAAGAAGACGAUGUACCGGUUUUCAAAAUUAAAGCCUGGAGAAGUAAAGGAAAGACUCUACCAGAAAUACUCAAUCUUUAUAAAGAAAUUGAUGUCGAUUUAAAUGUAUUGCCAUUUUGUACUCAAUUUAUUCCAAUGGAGGUGAUAAAUCAUCCACAACAUCGUAGUAUUUGUUAUCAUCCAUCUAUUUUGCCCAGACAUCGUGGUGCCAGUGCAAUCAGUUGGACGCUCAUUAAUGGUGACAAAGUUGCUGGUCUUUCAAUCUUCUGGGCAGACGAUGGUCUUGACACUGGACCUAUUUUAUUGCAAAAAACUUGUCCAGUGAAUCCAAAUGAUACCUUAGAUAGUUUAUACAACAACUUUUUGUAUCCUGAAGGAAUAAAAGCCGUAGCCGAAGCAGUAAAUCUUGUUUCCAUUGGAAAAGCUCCCAAGAUUGCUCAAACCGAAGAAGGAGCUACAUACGAUCCAAUUUUAACCAAACAUGAACUUCAGAGAUUAGACUUUUCGAAAAAAUCAGUGGAAGAUGUACAUAAUUUUAUAAGAGGUCUCGACAGUGCAUUUGGAGCAUGGACUUUGAUAAAUGGAGAAGAAAUUCGUCUUUAUGGGAGUACAAUAUGGGAUAAAAAAAUACCACAAGGUGAUAAUGUUGAUGUAGACGGUCGCCUUGGUAUUGUUCACGAUGAUGGUCUUCUUAUUAAAAUCAAUGAAAAUAAUUAUAUCAAUGUGGAAAGACUGAAAAUUGGCAAUAGAACAAUUAUCGCUAGUAAAUUUGGCAAACAAUUGGAUAAUAAUCAAAAUAUUGAAUUUACUGCUGAAGAAACAUGUCAAAUUGAUACUGUACGAAAUAUUUGGGAAAGUAUUCUAAAGACGGAGAUUUCGGAUGACACUGAUUUUUUUGCCUGUGGAGCUGGAAGUAUGGAUGUCGUGAGAUUAGUAGAAGAAGUCAAGGAUUCGGUGGGAAUUUCUCUUCAAAAUACCGAUGUUUUUAUGGCACCGAUUUUUGGUGAAUUUGCAAGAACAAUGAUUUUAAAGGGACGUGGUGAUUCAGCACAAUUGGAAAUUAAAUACGAUCCAGUGGAAUUAAGAGCUAAUAAUAAGGAUCUAAAAUUCCCGAGACAACUAUUUAUUGAUGGUCAAUUUAUCAAUGGUCAAGGAAAGCCAAUUGAGACAAUAAAUCCUCACGAUGAGAGUGUUAUUUGUUCGGUUGAGUCAGCAGCACCUGAAGAUGUUGAUCUCGCAGUAAUUGCGGCUAAACGUGCUUUCGAAGAAGGCGAAUGGAGUAAAAUUAGCGCAAGGGAACGAGGAGUCCUUCUCUUCAGACUCGCUGAUUUGAUGGAUGAGCAUAAAGAGGAAUUAGCAACAAUCGAGAGCAUCGAUUCGGGAGCAGUUUAUACUUUAGCAUUAAAAACACAUGUUGGAAUGUCAAUUGAAACAUGGAGAUAUUUUGCCGGUUGGUGUGAUAAAAUUCAAGGAUCAACGAUACCAAUUUCACAUGCGCGACCAAAUAGAAAUUUAACAAUCACACGAAAGGAGCCAAUUGGUGUUUGUGCUUUGAUAACGCCAUGGAAUUAUCCUUUAAUGAUGCUCUCAUGGAAAAUGGCUGCUUGUUUGGCGGCGGGAAAUACUGUUGUUAUGAAACCAGCACAAACGUCACCAUUGACUGCAUUGAAAUUUGCUGAGCUUGCAGCCAAGGCUGGUAUUCCCUCGGGUGUAAUUAAUAUUAUUCCCGGAAGUGGUUCAAUCACUGGCAAUGCAUUGGCAAAUCAUCCCAUGGUGCGAAAAUUAGGAUUCACUGGUUCCACGGAAAUUGGACAAGUUAUAAUGAGAUCGUGUGCCGAUAGUAAUUUAAAGAAAGUCUCUCUUGAAUUAGGUGGUAAGAGUCCACUCGUUAUAUUUGAGGACGCUGAUUUGCAGCAUGCGGUUAGAGUCGCGAUGAGCAGUGUUUUCUUUAAUAAAGGCGAAAAUUGCAUUGCUGCAGGUCGUCUUUUCGUGGAGGAGACAAUACACGAUGAGUUCUUGAAGAAAGUUGUUGAGGAAACGAAAAAACUAUCAAUUGGCAAUCCAUUGGAUCGUGGAACAGCACAUGGACCUCAGAAUCAUAAGGCUCAUUUGAUGAAAUUAAUUGAAUUCACAAAAAAAGGUCUUGAGGAUGGUGCACGUUUGGUUUACGGUGGUAAACAAUUAAAUUGUCCUGGUUUAUAUUUUGAGCCAACAAUUUUUACUGACGUCACAGAUGAUAUGUUUAUUGCAAGAGACGAAUCAUUUGGUCCAAUAAUGAUAAUUUCCAAAUUUACAUCGAAAGAUCUUGAUCGUGUGGUGACUCGGGCAAAUUCCACAGAAUAUGGCCUUGCAGCUGGUGUCCUUACAAAGGAUAUUUCGAGAGCCUUAAGAUUUGCCGAAAAAAUUGAGGCAGGCACUGUGUUCGUUAAUACAUAUAAUAAAACAGAUGUUGCAGCACCUUUUGGUGGUUUUAAAAAAUCCGGUUUUGGCAAAGAUUUAGGCCAGGAAGCACUCAAUGAAUAUCUGAAAACAAAAACAAUUACUAUCGAGUACUAAUUCUUUUUUUGUGCUCAUUAUAAAAAUUUUAUUUUGAAUUUAAUAAUAAAAAACAAAUUGUGCAAUUUUCAUUAUAAUUUAUAGAAAUAAGUAAUUUUAUAAGCUGUUAUUCAUUAUAUAAUUUUUUUUGUACCAUAUAGAAUAUAUUUUUUAACUAAUGUUAUACAUAUUUUAUGAAACUGUUAAUAAAUAAUAAUAUUUCUAAAAAAA